UGUCAAGAUGUCUGACGGCCGUGGUUUACUUUUGUGACAAAAAUCUUAGCAAUUUCUGGAUCUACAACGACUAUAAUAAGGUUUUUACCAUCGUAUGUAAAAGCACAUUGACCCGAAUUAACACAACGAUGGUGAAGAAAAAGAGACAAAGCGAUCCCGGAGAAAACGGCGAUGAUUCCACGGAGUCUUGCGACGAGAGUGUGAAGUCCGCAUGCCCUCACGUCGCCAAGGCGGUGGACUUAACACGUCUUAAAAAGUCCUUAAAAACAGGAGGCUUUGAAAAGGAAUGUUCCGAGUGUAAGAAGAGUAACACAAUAGAAGUACUGGAUCCAAAUUUUGAAGAAGAUGUAACACUUUGGAUGUGCCUACGGUGCGGGUCGCAGUUGUGCGGGCGCACUCGCAACAAGCACGCCCUCAACCAUUUCAACACGCCGCACUCCGACUGCCACUCCCUCACUGCCAAUACAACAACUUGGGAGAUCUACUGCUAUAGUUGUAAUAAUGAAGUGACAGCUUCUAGUUCCAAGAAGCUUCAUGAGUGUAUUGAAUAUGUUAAAAAACAAGCCUCCUGUAACAAGCUGCUGCCUUCCUUUGAACCUCUCUUUGACAGUCAACCUAAAAACUUUGAUGUCCCAUUGCCUGUUGAAUCAAUAAUAAAAAAUGAUCAAUUCUCAAAAGGGAAAGAAAAGGCGAUUGCUUUAAGUCUACCUCGGGUGAGAGGACUUUCAAACUUAGGGAACACAUGUUUCUUUAAUUCGGUGAUGCAAUGCUUGGUGCAAACCCCUUACCUUCAAGAUGUUCUCCAUGAGAUGGCUACACCUGGUGAGAGGUUCACACUGCCGGGAGGGAAGCUCAAACUGAAGGUAGACGGAGAUGAUGGGAAGGAAGUGGAACUGCCACCAAUAACGGGACAGUUGGGAGAGUGGGGAACAUUGACUAGAACUCUGUCUGAAACCUUGGCUGAUUUGCAAGCAGGAGAGGGUGGUGUGUACACACCACGAAAGCUGCUCUCAGCGCUGGUCAACAAGCUACCGCAAUUUGGAGGUGGCGACCAGCAUGAUGCCCAUGAGCUGCUUAGGCAUCUACUGGAGGCUGUCAGGUCGGAAGACUUGCGUCGUUACCAGUCUGUAAUACUCAGUAGUCUCGGUAUGAGCUCCAAGGUGGACCCCGCUAAAGUUGAUGGAGAGGUCAAGCAAAAGGUUAAGUUCUACGGACAGCAGGCCUCUGACACUAUGCUAAGACCUGAACAGGUGUUCCGAGGGUUCCUGGUGUCGACGCUGGAAUGCCAGGAGUGCUUCCACCAGUCUGACCGCGCGGAGUACUUCCUGGACUUGUCGCUGCCCGUCGCCGCCACCAGGCCGCAGCCGCCCGCACUCGUGCGCAGGAAAACACCCAAUGAGGAGAAUAUGUACAAUGUGCAAGAAGAAAAUAAGACAUCAAAACAUCAACUCAAAAAGGAGAGGAUGGCCGCGAGAAAAGCCGCGCGGAAAAGCAAAGGUAAUUCAAACAAAGAAAAGACCCCUGGCGAGGCAAACGGCGGCAAGGAGGAGGGCAAGUCUUCGUCCGAGCAGUCGGACGCGGACGUGGAGGACAACCUGGAGGAGCUGCCGCGACGCGCCGACACUCACUGCGCCUCCGUCGGCAGCCAGGCCAUCGCCCACACCGCCGCCAACUUCGCCGCCUACCACAUGGAGUCCGGCUACAACUCGGAGAAGGUCGUCAGCUCAGACUCCAUCCGCGCCAGCCCCGCCCCCCACGACAAGGAGAAGACUGACGGCACGCCCGAGGCACCCGACAAGGACAGGGAGUACGUCAACUGCUCCACCUCCACCACCGCCAUCCCGCUCGAGUACAAGUCCCUCGCCUCGCUCGAUAACCUCUCCAACCCCGACUCCGGCGUGGCCAGCCCGGAGGCCACCAAGCACAACUCCACCGAAACUGUCGAUAACGUCGACUCGCCUAUCAAUGGGAAGGAGUUGGGGAGUCAUAGCUCCCUCUCGAGUGAAAUAAAUCUGGACCUGUCGAGUCCACAGCACAGCAAGCUGUCGCCGGUGAAGACCGAGUACGAGAGGCCCGUGUCCAGGAUAGCCUUCGCUCCAGAGUAUACGAACGAGGUAGUGACGCGCGGCAUCAGCGUCAAGGGCUCCAGAAACCUAUUGGAGCACAGCGGCGAGAGCAGCUACGAGUCCCUGCCCGAGAGCAAGCCGCCGGAGCCCGCGCCCUACAAUGUCAGCAACCACCAGGACGUUACCAACAUAUUGGACAAGUUGAAAUUAGAUAUGGACGACCCGCAAGCAUCGAAGCCCGCGAUCCCGCUGCCCGCCCCCGCCCCCGCUCCCGCCGAGAGCCCAGUGUAUCCCCCGCCGACCGUUCCUCGUCCAAAAAUAAACAUCGAACCUGAGAAAAAUCAAAGAGAUUUCCUUUCCCUCAACCGCCAAAGUCCCAUGUCGUCUCGAUAUGUUUGCGACGAGGACGAGUGCAGCAUCCAGUCUUGCUUGAGUCAGUUUACGGCGCUGGAACUGCUCACUGGCAACAACAAAGUCGGCUGCGAGACUUGCACCGAGAGGAUCAACGGCAAGGACGGAAAGACCGUGUACACAAAUGCCACGAAACGCUUCCUAGUGUCCAGUCCACCGGCUAUCCUCAUCCUCCACCUGAAGCGGUUCCAGAUCGGUCCGCGCUGCAUGUUCCGGAAGAUGACGAAGCACGUCGACUUCCCGACGAUCCUGGACCUGGCGCCGUUCUGUGCUAUGGACAAGCUGAAAAAGCUGCCAAAUGUGACGCGCGGGCAGAGCGAGCUGCUGUACUCGCUGUACGGUGUGGUGGAGCACUCAGGUGGCAUGCAUGGCGGCCAUUACGUCGCCUACGUCAAGGUGCGCCAGCCCGUCAAGCCCGGCGACCCGCGCUGGUGGUUCCUGCCCAAGAGCGCCAACAUCCCCGCCUCCAGUGGAGGCGACGGCGACGCGGACUCGGAGUCCGACCUGUCGGGCUACGAGUCGGGGGAGGGUCCCGCACCAAUGCCCGACCCGCCCGCCGGCAAGUGGUACUAUGUGUCAGACAGCAUGGUGUCCGAGGUGACGGAGGACAAGGUGCUGAGGGCGCAGGCUUACCUCCUCUUCUACGAGAGAAUUUUAUAAAUUCUCCAGCUCGGUGUGCACGGAACGGGCCUAAAGGUUUUGUUUGCUUUACGAAUGGAUGGCAUUUAAGUGGAAGACUGACGCUUCACAGAGAGAUAUGACGACUCGAUCCUCGCGUGACGGAUGUUUACGAAACGCUCUGUAUAUAGCUUACGCGUUUUUAAUAUAACCAGCUUUUUGUUUCUAUUUUAAAAUGGCGAUAACUUAAAUCGCUUUUAUCGUAAUGAAUUUUAAAUUAUAAUAAUUUUUAGAAUACACAAUAGUCGAUUGUGAAUUGGUUUUUAAAUUCAUCUAGAAUAUAAAUAGCAAAAUGACGAAUUAAGCAGCAAUAAAGACGGUGUCCGAUGUACACAAACCUCUAUUGUGUACGGAGGCCCCUAGUAUAUGUCCAAAUACUGUUUUAUAAGAAUCAUAUACCAUGUAGCACCAUUAAUAAAAAUGUCAGUUGCAGAUAUGUUUAUUAUAUUGCA